AUGAGGGUCAAAGCUUUGAAGUCUGGUGGUAAACCAAACAACAUUAGGUCUCAUCAGGGGUUUCAGUGUUCAGACAACAGGAAUGGUGAGAGGUACGAUGACCAUUCUUGCAGUUACAAACCCAUUAAUAGACACUGGCAAAAAUCAGAAUCUAAUAUAUCUGCAGCUAGAGGCAUGCCAGUAACUGUGAGAAAGGUUUUGGACUCCAUGCAGCUGAAGCAUCAGCGAAACAGCUCACACUCUGACGCACCACCAGUUACAUGUUCAACAUUUAAGGCAGAAGAGGUUGAGGUUUUAAGUUCCGCUGUGAAGUUAGCUGACACACAGUCUGAAUGCAAUGCUACAGAAAAGCUGGGUAAUGCCAAUCAUAGUGAUUACAGUUGGGUUUCUGGUAAGUAUAUUAAUUUAACCGAGGAAGGCAAGAAGAUGGAAGUUCAUUUAACAUCAAAGAAUGAUGAACUGUACUCGAAAGAUCCUAUAAUGAGUAGAAGCUCUAGUUCAGAUAAUUGCUCUUCAUGUCUCAGUGAAGGAGAUAGCAAUACAGCUUCUUCAAACAGCGGAAACACUGAAUCCUCCCCGAUGUCUGAUCCGGAAGACGGUAGUCAGCACUUCGAAAGACGAGAGAAUCUAGUGGACGCUGAAAACAAUGUGCAUGACAGUCACGAGAAGAUGAUAAAGAAAGAGACAGAGAAGAGUGUUGAUGAAAGAGACCUUCUAAAGGUUAAGAAGAUGCCUAACCAUCCAGCUGAGAACGGGGAAAGUGAAUUAUCGGGAACUCCUUUUACGGUUCUUAGCCACAACAUGGAAAAUACGGUACCCACUGUGAAUACUGGUUCCUACCUGUCCCAGCCACAAAGCAUGAUGUAUCCCCAAAUGCAGAGUAUACCGUUGCCUGUCUUCCAGGCUCCUUCAACAAUGGGUUACUACCAUCAAGCUCCAGUUUCUUGGUCUGCAGCUCCAGCCAAUGGAUUGAUGCCCUUCCCUCAUCCUAACCAUUAUGUGUACGCAGGUCCUCUUGGAUACAGUCUGAAUGGAGACUCACCGUUAUGCCUGCAGUAUGGGACCCCAUUGAACCACUCAGCGACCCCUUUCUUCAACUCCGGCCCAGCUCCAGUUUUUCAUCCGUUUGCUGACAUCAACACAAUGAACACUGCUGAACAAGUUCAAACUUAUGAGCCACUGGAGCACAACUAUCUGCAGGAAGCAGCUGAUGAGAGGAAAAUAAACAGAAUCUCUCCAGUGAAAACUCCAAGUAGCAGAGGUCAGGAAACUGGUAGCGGCGAAGACUUCUCCUUGUUUCACUUUGGUGGUCCGGUUGCUCUGUCUACAGGAGGUAAAUCGAAUCCUGCUAAUCCCAAAAAGGGUGGGGUUUUGGGGGACUUCUCCUUGCAGUUCACAAACAAUAGUAAGAAGAAAGAGAGGACAGUUGGUGAAGAGUACAACUUGUUUGCGGAAAGUAACAACAGUUUGAGGUUUUCUCUCUUCUAA